UCGACCGAGGGAGCUGCACGCAUCACGCGGCUGGCCACCCUGACCAAGCGCAGGGGCACGGGCGGACGGACGCACGCACGGACGGACGGAGUGGGCAGGCAGACGCCCAGCAGCCGCUAGCUCCGCGCAGGUCCCAGCAAGGCUUGCACUCAGAGGCCGGCAGCAGACCGUGCCCCGCGGAAUCUCUUGCGCUCCUCCCGCUCGGGUUCCCGGGCCAGCGCCCCGUGGCCGCUGCCUCCAAAGUGAUUGUUGCCUCGCAACCUCCGCCGGGUCCGGGACCAUGAAGCUGCUGCCGUCGGUAGUGCUGAAGCUCUUUCUGGCUGCAGUGCUGUCGGCGUUGGUGACCGGAGAGAGCCUGGAGCGGCAUCGGAGGGGGCUGGCGGGUGGAACCAGCAACCUGGGUUCUCCCACUGAAUCCACGGACCAGCUGCUGCCCUCGGGAGGCGGCCGAGGCCGGGAAGUCCUGGACUUGGAAGAGGCCGACCUGGACCUUUUCAGAGCUCCUUUCUCCUCCAAGCCACAAGCUCUGGCCACACCCAGCAAGGAGGAGCGUGGGAAAAGAAAGAAGAAAGGCAAGGGGUUAGGGAAGAAGAGAGACCCAUGUCUUCGGAAAUAUAAGGACUUCUGCAUCCACGGAGAAUGCAAAUAUGUGAAGGUGCUCCGGGCUCCAUCCUGCAUCUGCCACCCAGGUUACCACGGAGAGAGGUGCCAUGGACUGAGCCUCCCGGUGGAAAAUCGCUUGUCUACUUAUGACCACACAACCAUCCUGGCUGUGGUGGCUGUGGUGCUGUCAUCUGUUUGUCUGCUUGUCAUUGUGGGGCUUCUCAUGUUUAGGUACCAUAGGAGAGGAGGUUAUGAUGUGGAAAAUGAAGAGAAAGUGAAGUUGGGCAUGACUACUUCCCACUGAGAGAGACCUGUGCUCAAGGAAUCAGCUGGGGAUUGCUACCUCUGAGAAGACACAAGCUAAUCACAGACUCUACAGAGGGGAAGGACUUCACAACUAGCCAUGAAGACUCCUUCAUCCCCAGUUGCCAUCUAGAUUGGGCCUCCCAUAAUUGCUUUAUCAGAGCCUUCAAGUGCCAAACAGAAUAUGUCCAAUGGGAUCUGGGUCAGAAGGAAGCAAAAGUGAGGGACCGUCGUGCCCUUCUGAUUCCCCUCCACCAAACCCCACUUUCCCUUAUAAAGUUUGUUUAAACACUUGUCUUCUGGAUUAAGAUGCCAGUUAAUUCCAUAUGCUCCAGGAUCUUUGACUGAAAAAAAAAAAAAAAAGAAGGAGAAGGAAAGGAAGAAGGAAAGAUUUGUGGACUGGAAGAAAGUAACAAACAUGGAAAAGCCACAGACUCAAGUAGUCACCAAGGGAUCUGCCAUUUGGAUCCUCUAGUGCUGGAUUUGAUGAGCUAACUGUGAAAUACCACAAGCCUGAGAACUCUGAAUUUUGGGACUUCUACCCAAAUGGAAAAAUAACAACUAUUUUUUUUUUGUUUGUAAAAUGCCUCUUAAAUUAUAUAUUUAUUUUAUUCUAUGUAUGUUAAUUUAUUUAGUUUUUAACAAUCUAACAAUAAUAUUUCAAGUGCCUAGACUGUUACUUUGACAAUUUCCUGACCCUCUACCCCGCAUUCCCCCAUCACCUGGCUCAGCAUCACCCUCUUCUGCCACCAAUCAGAGAUGGCUCUAUGACCCAUCUGUAAUCCAUUGUCUGUCUACAUUUCCGAAGAUCUUCCAUGAUCAGAGUGCCACAGGGUGCGGUCUGUAUGGUCAGGAUGUAGGAGUUAACUUUGUCAGAUCCACUCUAUGAGUUGGACUGCAGUCUUGCCUAGGCGAUUUUGUCUACUGUUUGUGUUUUGAAAGCCCAAGGUGCUGAUGUCACAGUGUAACAGAUAUCGGUGUUACCCCAUGUCCUCUCCCUGCCAAAUCUCAGAAGAGGUUGGGCUUCCAUGCUUGCAGCUUUCCUGCCCCUUACUCCCUGUAGCCCCAGGCUCACAGAGUGGGAGCUCACUCUCCCUUGUGUCAAGACAUUUCUCUUACCCCUGCCAUUCUUCUGGUGCUACUCCAUGCAAGGGUCAGUGCAGCAGAGGAUAAUUGAGAGAAGUAUUAGCGGAAAAAAAGGCUGAGGAGGAACAGGAAACAUUGGAGCUGACUGUUCUUGGUAACUGAUAACCUGUCAAUUGCUACAGAGAAAGUUGGAGGUGAGGACAGCCUUUGUGUAAACCUACCCACCUCACCGAAACUAUGAACGUAUGCUGUCAUGGUCCCUUCUGGAAGUUUCUGGUGCCAUUUCUAAACUGUUACAACCUAUAUUUCCAAAGCUGGUUCAUAUUUGUACUUUGCAAUUCAAAUAAAGAUAACCCUUACUCCAUA